CCUCCUCCGAAAUUCGAAGGUCAAUGUCAUUGCCAGCCACGACGAUAAAAAGCUGGCACGUCUACUUUCCUUUCCGCUCGUCCUCCCUCUCCUUCGCCGCCCAUUUUCGUCCUUGGCCACCAACCCAGUCACAGCCAAUAUGAACUGGUCGACUUCUGUCCUUACCACCGUAACCUCAGACACGGAGCCUGCCAUUAUAAUCACCUUCGACAGGGCUAAGUAUUUGUUCAAUGCUGGCGAAAACAGUGGGCGUGCAUUUUUGCAGAGUAAAAGGAAUUGGAGAAAGACGAGAGGUGUUUUCUUUACCGAUGUCAGUUCGCAGCGCAUAGGCGGCUUGCCCGGUCUCCUCAUGACCUUUGCGGAUGCGACGAUUAACAGGAUAAAUGUUUUUGGUCCACCAGGUCUUUUGCAUCUAAUGGCUGCCAUGCGUCUGUACACUUACAGAGACACCAUGACGGUUGAGCCUAUUGAAGUCCCUUUGAUGACCCAAAUGUCAGCAAAACCUACGCCGACUUUCAAGGACGACAAUAUCACUGUCUACAGCAUUCCAGUUUUCCCAACCACCGAUGCACCGAUGUCACAGCACACGGGGUUCGUUAUGGAGACUGUUACGCCAAAGAUAUUGAAGCGAAAGCGCCAGAGCGAGGGUUUAGAGGCGACACAAUCCCCCGAGAAUCUGGAGGGCGAGGCUGCUGACGACUGGAGACGGCUGCUUGUUCAAACCAUGUUUCCUGAGCCAGAAAAGCCUGCGAAAAGGCAGCAUCCUUCUCAGGAGGCCGCCGAAGAAACUUCUGGCUAUGUGAGACUCAACUCCCCUCUCAAUCGCGGUAAUCUCAUCGCUGCCGCAGAAAGACGAGUACCAGCUCCUCCGGGCUUUUACAAGCAGCUGCCAAAGUUUGUUUCCCCACAUCCUCGUCGUGAUUCCGAUCCUUCGCUGACACCAACCUUGUCAUACAUUAUCGCCGGCCCGCGCGUUCGUGGCAAGUUCGACGCGGAAAAGGCUGAGAUGCUGAAAAUUCCUUCUGGGCCGCUCCGGAGUAGACUGACCAAGGGACAAACGAUAACUUUCAACGUGAAGGAGGGCGAUACUGUGAUGGAGCGGACUGUGAAACCAGAGGACAUCGUCGGACCCUCCGAAGUUCCUCAAGUGGUCAUCAUCCUCGACAUCCCGUCUGUCUCACACAUCCCUUCACUGAUAGCGUCGUUUACCGAUUCGCCCUUCUACGCCAAGUUUCGAUCUCAUAGUACUGAAGACAUGGCCGAUUACAAGAUACGUACCGUGUUCCACAUCUGCGGUAAAGGUGUUCUCGAAGACGAGAGGUACACUGCUUUCAUGAAUGCAUUUGAUCCUGACUGUCAUCACGUCAUAUCCUCGCGCGAGCAUUGCCCCGACCCCGUAACUUUCACCAGUGCUGCAUUUCAGCAGCUCCGCCUGCAAAGCCUUGACCCCGAGAUAUUUGCUGUUCCCAAAUUUUCUCUGCAACCGGCCAAAGACAUCAAAGCGAUUCCCAAUAUGCCUGAACGCUGCCAUUUGAUGUCAUCGAGCACUACGAUUCAUCUACGGCCACCGACGGAGCUUAUCCAGGAGGAUACUGUUCAGGACCUGGACCUUUUCCACCCCGCCGUAGCUUCACCCACACUUAUCGCCCUUCCUCCAAUCACCAAAGAUAAGUAUGCAGAAGCACAAGCCGCCGUCAAAGCCAUCGAAUCGGAUGAAAACAGAACUACAUGCAAAGGAGCUGACAUCGGUGUUCAUCCGUUGGGUACCGGUAGCGCAGUACCCAGCAAGUAUAGAAAUGUGUCAUCGACUCUGAUUACGAUACCUGGCUUCGGUAAUAUUAUCUUAGACGCGGGAGAGGGGACCUGGGGACAACUUGUUCGGCUGUUCGGUAUGGAUCAGGCUGCAUCCAAUAAUGUUUGGGAGGUACUCCGAAACACCAAAUGCAUCUUUGCGAGUCAUAUUCACGGCGAUCAUCACAUGGGGCUCUCUGCGAUACUAAGAGAGCGAUUGACGCUCGAUCCUCCACCGACGUCCCCGCUUUAUCUCGUUUCUAUUCGAUCCGUACACCUCUCACUAAGAGAGGUAUCGGACGUUCAAAAUUUGGGCUUCGACCAUCCUUCAGGUAACGGGGUGAUCGGGGUGAUGAGUGAAGCUUUGCAUUGGAGAGGCACAACGACGUAUCCCGAUUCUGGCCGAUGGACAUUGGGAGGACGCGAACCCUGGACAGACAUCGAUGAGUCUCAGCGGCAUGCGAAGGAUCUUUGUGCCGCGUUGAACUUGAAGUCUUUCCGAACCGUAGAUGUUCGUCACCGAACGACGUGCUAUGGUCUUGACAUCAAAAGUCUGGAUGGUUGGAGCAUAGUCUUCUCCGCCGACACUACCCCAGCGGACGCUCUCGUCUAUGCAGGACAAGGCGCCACAUUACUUAUCCAUGAAGCCACAAUGGCAGACGACCAAGAAGAGCUCGCCAGUGCGAAAGCGCAUAGUACUCACAGUCAAGCCGUCGGUAUUGGCAAACGGAUGCGAGCUGAAAAUAUCCUUCUUACUCACUUCUCGGCGAGAUAUCCGAAGUUACCAUCUUCAGGUGCCAAGCAGCAGGAAGGCGUCGUGGUUCACGCGUUCGACCACGCGAGCCUGACGAUUGGAAAUAUGUGGAAGUUGAAACAUUAUCUCCCGGCGGUGGUACAGAGUUUAAAGGAUACGGAGGACGAGGACGACCAGGAGGCUGAUGAUGCCAUCGCUCAUUCCGGAAUGGACGUUAGCCUCUGAACAUACCUGAGUGAGGCUCUCGGUGUGUUUGAACGGAUAAAAGUAUGUUUAAGGAUGAUUUAUUGUCUAUAUAAUCCUAGAUAAUGCUCGCUCUUAUUGAAGUGCCCCUUAUUCAGCGUCCUGGGUGAGGCACAGUGCCUGUCGAACUUGAGGUCUUCCAGAGUGUGAGAAAUUAGGAGGUUGAUGCGGGCAAAAAUCGGGCAUGAAAUUAGAAAAGUUCCAACGAAAUGAAAAACGAUAUUGAUGACAGUUAUC